GCCGCGCAGUUUGAGUGACAGCCGUGAGGCUGGUUGACUAAGAGGGGAGCCGAGGCAAGAGGCGGGGGAGGGGGGAGAGGAAGGCAAGGGCGCCCAUUUCCCCUCCCGGAGAGUUUUAACCACCAUGAGCUUCUUGAUUGACUCCAGCAUCAUGGUCGUCUCUCAGGUGUUGUUUUUUGGAUUUGGAUGGCUGUUUUUCAUGCGCCAGCUCUUCAAAGACUAUGAGGUACGACAGUAUGUUGUGCAGGUUGUCUUUUCAGUCACCUUCGCUUUCUCCUGCACUAUGUUUGAACUUAUCAUUUUUGAGAUUCUAGGCGUAUUAAAUAGCAGCUCUCGGUAUUUUCAUUGGAAAUUAAACCUCUGUGUGAUUUUGCUUGUCCUGGUGUUCAUGGUGCCCUUUUAUAUCGGCUACUUUGUUGUGAGCAACAUCCGAUUGUUACACAGACACAGACUGCUUUUUGCCUGUGUUGUCUGGUUAGUAUUUAUGUAUUUCUUCUGGAAACUGGGAGAUCCUUUUCCUAUCCUCAGUCCAAAGCAUGGAAUUCUAUCCAUAGAGCAGCUCAUCAGUCGGGUGGGUGUGAUUGGGGUGACCCUCAUGGCCCUGCUUUCUGGAUUUGGUGCAGUCAAUUGUCCAUACACUUAUAUGUCUUAUUUUCUAAGGAAUGUGACUGAUGCAGAUAUUCUUGCUUUGGAACGUCGGCUCCUCCAAACAAUGGAUAUGAUCAUCAGCAAGAAGAAAAGGAUAGCAAUGGUUCACAGAAAUAUGUUCCAGAGAGGAGAAGUGCAUAAUAAGCCCACUGGUUUCUGGGGAAUGAUAAAAAGUGUUACGGCAUCUUCACCAGGCAGUGAAAAUCUGGCAGUUAUCCAGCAGGAAAUAGAUGCCUUGGAGGAGCUGAGUCGGCAGCUUUUCUUGGAAACAGCUGACCUCCAUGCUACCAAGGAAAGAAUAGAAUAUUCUAAAACAUUCCAAGGAAAAUAUUUCAACUUUCUGGGCUAUUUUUUCUCCAUCUACUGUGUCUGGAAAAUUUUUAUGGCUACAAUCAAUAUUGUAUUUGACCGAGUUGGGAAAACAGAUCCAGUUACAAGGGGAAUUGAAAUCACUGUGAAUUAUUUGGGGAUCCAGUUUGAUGUAAAAUUCUGGUCCCAGCAUAUUUCUUUUAUUCUUGUUGGAAUAAUUAUUGUCACCUCUAUCAGGGGUUUGCUGAUCACUCUAACAAAGUUUUUCUAUGCUAUCUCAAGCAGCAAGUCUUCUAAUGUUAUUGUUUUGUUAUUGGCACAGAUUAUGGGAAUGUAUUUUGUAUCUUCAGUGCUUCUGAUUCGAAUGAGCAUGCCACUAGAGUAUCGCACAAUCAUUACCGAAGUUCUAGGAGAAUUACAAUUUAACUUCUACCACCGCUGGUUUGAUGUUAUAUUUCUCGUCAGUGCUCUUUCCAGUAUUCUCUUCCUCUACCUGGCACAUAAGCAGGCACCUGAAAAACAUAUGACACCCUAAGUCCAUCUUUGUUGAAAUGAUCCAGCUGGAAUAUCAUCAUCUUAAAGUGGCUCUUUCUGCAGUGGACAGUCUGCUCAGAUCAAAUGUUUCAUUGGUGGCAGAGGAAGGCAAGAGAUAGCCCCAAGGUACAAGAUGCAGCCCUUGGGACAUAAAUGUGCCCACGCUGGAGAAGAAUUAUAAAAGAAGGUGGGAGGCAAGCUCUCAGAAAGCAGAAGAGAGAGGAACUGUUCUAUAGUGUUCAGUAAAUAUGAUGGGGAAGAUGUCUACUUGUUUUAAUCUGGAAAACAGUGAUUCUGGAACUGAGAUUCUAAAUGGUUAAAUAAAUCAGAUUUUGUAAUAAUUCACAGUA